AUGCCGCCUAAGUUCAACCCCAACGAGAUCAAAGUUGUGUAUCUGAGGUGCACGGGUGGCGAAGUCGGUGCCACGUCUGCCCUGGCUCCGAAGAUCCGCCCGCUGAGUCUACAGGCCCAGAUUGAAGUGGUACCUUCUGCCUCUGCCCUGAUUAUCAAAGCCCUCAAGGAACCACCAAGAGACAGAAAGAAGCAGAAAAACAUUAAGCACAGUGGAAAUAUCACUUUUGACGAGAUUGUCAAUAUUGCCCAACAGAUGCGACACCGAUCUUUAGCCAGAGAACUCUCUGGAACCAUUAAAGAAAUCCUCGGGACUGCCCAGUCUGUGGGCUGCAAUGUUGAUGGCUGA